GAAGAAGGGUCCACCACAACCAUAACACAACCAAUUGGAGCCUCUUACUCUUCAAUGAGUUGCAAGUACAUUUUCACCUUUCAAAUACCUCUCCUUAAUUGUUGAAUUAUCUUCUUGAGUUCAUUCUCAGCCAUGGCUAAUACUGAUAGUCUCAGUAAUCUUGAUAUAAACAGUAUCUGUGAUGAUGGCUCUGUCAGGAAUUUUUCUGCUAACUGGCCAAUGUCAACAUCUGGACAGAAUGCAAAAGGUCAAUUUGCCAUUCUCUAUAAUGGAAGCAUGUGUGUAUAUGAUGGAAUUCCUAGAGAAAAGGUUGAAGAAAUAUUGAUGAUGGCUGCUGCCACUGCCAAGUCUUCUGAAAUGAAAAGUGGAAUUCCAUUCACUUCACUGUUUACCAGUUUUGCCACACCUUCUUCUCCACAAGGAACUUCUAACAAUGUGCCUUCUCCUCCAUCAGUCUGUUUUCCUGCUGCUGACAAGAGUUCCAUUUGCAGGAUGCAAGAAUUUCCAUUAGCACGCAGACAGUCACUUCAAAGUUUUCUUGAGAAGAGAAGGAUGAGGGUACGUGGCAAAGUACCUUAUACCUCUUCAUCAUCAAAAGGAACUAACAACAUUGACAACAACUUCAACACAGCAUUGGUUCCUUCCACUUGAAGACAGAUAUGUUAUGUUAUGUUUUCUACACAAUAUUAUAAGCCUAAUUAAUUUAUUAUUAUUAUUAUUAUUAUUAUUAUUGUUUUUGAACCUUAAUGUGUAUGUUAUACUAUGCUUAAAGUGUUGUUAAUGUGUCUGAACAAUUGAUUAUCAAUUAUGUGUUAUUUCCUUUGUACUCUAUUGGAUGUUAACCACUGAUUCCAACUUACUGAAGAAAAUCUGACACACUUGUUACUCUA